AUGCCACUAAAUGCCGUCGAUGAAGCGGUAGUUGGGAUUUUAGGGAAUAUUCCGGUUAGUGGAGACCCGCAUAUUGCCCAGUCACGGUGCACGUUCAACCCACCGACUGACGGUUGGAUACCAUUGAUGCCAUCCACAUCGUAUGCAGCUGAAGAACAGCAUUACGAGGGCAAUGUUUUAACGAGACCUAAGACUUCCAAACGAGCUUGCGUCGAAAAAGCUGCGGAUGCGACACGGAACCUUGGAGCAAUAAGUGAGGCUCAAAAUGAAAUACUGAACCAAUAUUACAAGAAAAAAAUGGAACACAUGGAUACAAUUAUAGCUCUCGAAGAGGAAAAAUUUAGAUUAAAACCUUUUACGUGUGCGGCAAUAGCCAUUAAUGGUUUUGGUCGUAUAGGAAAAUGCUUGCUGCGAUUGGCUAUGGAAAAAGACAUCAAUGUGGUUGCCAUUAACCAACCUUUUUUUGAUAAUGAACAAAUAGCGCGUUCGUUUCAAAAUGACACCGUACAUGGACCAUAUGAUGGGAAAAUAGAUGUUCAAGAUAAAUGUUUAGUUAUAAAUGGGAAAACUAUAAAUGUUUUUCAUGAAACCAAGCUGGAAGACAUCAAGUGGAAAGAUGUAUCUGCAAGUUACGUUCUUGAGGCAUCUGGAAAGUUCACCACGGUGGAGUUAGCUAAGAAACAUAUAUCCGCAGGAGCAAAGAAGGUUGUCAUAACUACUCCCAGCAAAGACGCUCCGAUGUUCGUCAAAGGAGUGAAUUUCGACAACUACUGUAAAUCUAUGGAAGUCGUAUCGAACGCAUCUUGCACUACUAAUUGCGCAGCUCCGUUGAUUAAGAUAUUGCACGAUAAGUUCUGUGUAAAAAGCGGUUUACUCACUACCGUACAUGCUUUAACAGCUUCACAAACCAUUCUCGACGCGUUGAAAAAUAGGUCCGGUCCUGGUAACGCUGUUCCAAGUACGACUGGAGCCGCUAAAGCAGUAGGAAUAGUAAUACCAGAACUGCUAGGCAAAAUACAAGGAGACGCUGUCAGAGUGCCAACAUUGGACGUUUCCCUGUUGAAGCUCUUCGUCAACGUCAAAAAAGAUGCCAGCGUGGACGAAAUUAAAAAAGAAAUAGUAGAUCAAGCAGAGGGAUGCAUGAGUAAUGUUGUUUAUUAUAACGAAGGGCGUAAUGUAAGCGCUGAUUACGUCGGUUGCCAGUUCUCAGCUAUAGUAGACUUCAAUCAAAUAAAUGUGAUUGACAAGUUCAUCACAAUUGGCGCAUGGUACGAUAACGAGAUGGGAUACGCUAGUAGAGUGUUAGAUCUCGUAAGACAUAUGAUUGAAAAAGAUGGCCAGUGA